UUUUUCCCCAAAUUAAUCUAAUACGCGGCUUCGAUCUAUCUUCUCGCCACACUUUCCAAAGCCAAGGAGUAAAAACGAGACAAGCUAAUCCUUCAACCUAGGGCAACCGGCGGCCGACUGGUGAUCGGCGAGCUAGAGACGGACCUUGAGCGAGGCGGACUAGUGCGACUCACGACGGACGGGAGGUGGUGCAGGACGAAGGCUGACAGCUUCGGCCGGCUAAAGGCGGCAGCGCUGCGACGGACGAAGUCGGGCUUGGACGGCGGAGGGCAUCUUGUUGGUGGCGUUCAGGCCAUCCUCGGACGGCCUACGCGGGCCGCGCUUGGUGGCCGUCUUCUUGACCGCUGCUUCCGUAGGCAGAGCUUGGUUCUCCCACCGGCGACGAGGCUUACGUCAACUAUCCGCCUUGCUCAACUUAGUAGUUUUCGUUGCUAAACUUUGUUUAUGGGUUGAUCGAUUUGAUUGAGUGAAGAUUAAAACAUUGUUGCUUGGGCUCUAUCCUUCCACCAUUGUCCUACUCUCAUAGUUUGCUCUAAAGCAAGGCGAAUCUUCAGAUUCCGAAGGAGCCAAUCCCGAACAAUCGGCCAUGGAUGACAGCAGGCUUUUCACCGUUGGUUUUGACGACGAGCCACCAACCUCUCCUCUCAAGCAGCAGAGGAAGACAAAGAGGAAGAGGUUGAGGAAGGCCGAUCAGGGGACAUCCUCUCAAUCCGCCCCUCCCGUCCCCGAGCAGUCUGAAGCUGUUCGGGAUGUAGAACCUGUGCAGCAGGUUGUCCCUGAGCAGCACACCCAUGCUGACACGCUGAUGGAUCAGCUUUUUUCUGAUCAGCAGUCCCACCAUUUCUCUGCUGAGGAGGUGGCUGCCCAUCAGGCUGACCUGGCUAGUCAGUUCGAGCGGAUCUCCCUCUAUGAUCCUGCUCAUGAAAUGCUGGAGAGGGGUGGCUGUCCAGCGAGCCAGAUCUGGUCCACCUCUGGUUUCCUCAAUGGACACAACCUUCCCCCAAUACCGGUGGAGGAGAUCGAGGAGUGCAUUGCCCUGACUGUCCUGAAGGCAGGGAUAUACAGCCUGAAGCUCAAGGAGACCAGGCAGGCCAAGGAACAAGGCUUGCUGAUGGCCAAGGAAACGGCCAAACAGGCAGCCGAGGCCGAACGGCGGGCUUUUGCUGAGGAGCGGAAGAAGCUAGAAGCCGAGGCAGGGGAGCUCCGUGUUAAAGUGGGCGCUCUCCAAGCCAAGAUUGCAGCAGCUGAGGCCGCUCAUGUGACACCGCUCCCGAACGUCCUUGAAAAUUCGAUUUAAAAUUCAAAGUUUAUGUAUUGGAUUUCUGAUUCCCAAACAAUUGUAAAACGAUUUAUGUUUUACGUAAUUUAUGAUCGAUUAUCUUACCGCUCGAACUCGUACGUUAGUGUUGGGCUUGCGAAUACUCGUUGGGGC